AUGUCCCUCGACACAUCCACAUACUCCCUCGCCCUCCUCCGGGUCGACGGCCGGCGAUGGAACGAGCUCCGCCGCCUCAACGGCCAGAUCCGGACGCAGCACGCCUCGGACGGCUCGAGCUACCUGGAAAUGGGCCACACCAAAGUCAUGUGCGUCGUGACGGGCCCGCACGAGGCCCCGCGGAAAGGCGGCGCGUCCCAGUCGAGUAACGCCGUGGUCAACGUCAACAUCGUCGUCGCGGGGUUCAGCUCCGUGGACAGGCGGAGGAGAGGCAGGAAUGACAACCUCCCUCCACACCCACCUCUUCCCCACAGCACAAUCAGCAUCUCCCUCCACGUCCUCUCCCAAGACGGCUCCCUCCUCGCCGCCCUCAUCAACGCCUCCACCCUCGCCCUCGUCGACGCCGGCAUCCCCAUGACCGACUACAUCGCCGCCUGCACCUCGGGCUCCACCUCCACCUACGCCGCCGCCGACGAGGCCGCCGACCCCCUCCUCGAUCUCAACCUCCAGGAGGAGCAGGAGCUGCCCUUUCUCACUGUCGCGACCCUCGGCGCCAGCGACAAGGUCGUCGUGCUCGUGUGCGAGAGUAGGGUCAGGCAGGUACGGCAGUUUAUGGACCAGGUUGUCAAGGAAAAGGGAAGCGCUAUGGCGGCGCAAUAG